AACCCGCCAGCCGCCGAGUCCCCAAAUUGGGGGGAUCGAGCCUGGAUUAGUGCGCCGGAUGUCCCCCAACCUUCUACUUCCCGAACUUACAGCUAUCAAAGCUCCAAAUGUGAGGACCACGGAGAGCCACAUGUCCACCCCGCUCGGCCAAGGCCGGGUCAAUCAGCUCGGAGGGGUCUUCAUCAACGGGCGACCCCUGCCCAACCACAUACGCCACAAGAUAGUAGAGAUGGCCCACCAUGGCAUCCGGCCCUGUGUCAUCUCCCGCCAGUUGCGUGUCUCCCACGGCUGUGUCUCCAAGAUCCUCUGUCGCUACCAGGAAACCGGGUCCAUCCGGCCCGGGGCCAUCGGCGGCAGCAAGCCCAGACAGGUGGCGACUCCGGACGUGGAGAAGAAGAUUGAGGAGUACAAGAGGGAAAACCCGGGCAUGUUCAGCUGGGAGAUCCGGGACCGGCUGCUGAAGGAUGGGCACUGCGACCGCAGCACCGUGCCCUCAGGUUUAGUGAGUUCCAUUAGCCGUGUGCUCAGAAUCAAGUUCGGGAAGAAAGAGGAGGAGGACGAAGCGGACAAGAAGGAGGACGACGGCGAGAAGAAAGCCAAGCACAGCAUCGACGGCAUCCUGGGCGACAAAGGGAACCGGCUGGACGAGGGCUCAGACGUGGAGUCGGAACCUGACCUCCCGCUGAAGCGCAAGCAGCGUCGCAGCCGCACCACGUUCACGGCCGAGCAGCUGGAGGAGCUGGAGAAGGCCUUCGAGAGGACCCACUACCCCGAUAUCUACACCCGCGAGGAGCUGGCGCAGAGGACCAAGCUGACGGAGGCGCGCGUCCAGGUCUGGUUCAGCAACCGCCGCGCCCGCUGGCGUAAGCAGGCAGGAGCCAACCAGUUGGCAGCGUUCAACCACCUCCUGCCAGGAGGCUUCCCGCCCACCGGCAUGCCCACACUGCCCCCCUACCAGCUGCCGGACUCUACCUACCCCACCACCACCAUCUCCCAAGACGGGGGCAGCACUGUGCACCGGCCCCAGCCCCUGCCGCCGUCCACCAUGCACCAGGGCGGGCUGGCCGCAGCUGCUGCAGCCGCCGACACUAGCUCUGCCUAUGGAGCCCGCCACAGCUUCUCCAGCUACUCCGACAGCUUCAUGAACCCAGCGGCGCCCUCCAACCACAUGAACCCAGUCAGCAACGGCCUGUCUCCUCAGGUGAUGAGCAUCCUGAGCAAUCCCAGUGCGGUGCCCCCGCAGCCGCAGGCCGACUUCUCCAUCUCCCCGCUGCACGGAGGCCUGGACUCGGCCACCUCCAUCUCAGCCAGCUGCAGCCAGCGGGCCGACUCCAUCAAGCCGGGGGACAGCCUGCCCACCUCCCAGGCCUACUGCCCGCCCACCUACAGCACCGCCGGUUACAGCGUGGACCCCGUGGCCGGCUACCAGUACGGCCAAUACGGCCAGACUGCCGUUGAUUACCUGGCCAAAAACGUGAGCCUCUCCACACAGCGCCGCAUGAAGCUUGGAGAGCACUCUGCCGUGCUGGGACUCCUGCCUGUGGAAACUGGCCAGGCCUACUAGGGCCCCUGGGGCGAUUUGCCCCAGCCCAAGCCCCAGCCCAACCCUUUCUGGCCCCUGGGCCUCCCAGCCUCAGCUCCCUUGCCCCUCUGGGUCCCAGGAGGCCGGGAAAGGAGC